CGGAUCACAUGAGCGUGUAAACGGGGCUUGCUUUGUCUAUUGAAGGAGCUGAACGGGGGAGCUGUCCGCGGUGCUGAAAGCAGCCCGGCUCGGCAUGUGCGAGCGGGGGAGCUGUCCGUGGUGCUGAACCUCGUUCACACAAACGCCGAGAACGGCGGUGAACAGUUGACACAUCGAUUUAUGAGGGACAACAUCCAAGCGUCCAUCAAAGCAUCGAGGGGACAUUGAAGCCAGUCUUCAUCCCAAGUCGUCCAACAGUGCUCGAGUCGGGAUAUUUGUGUAGACGACUGUUGUGUUUCCCUUUCACGAGGUAGGCUAAAUGUGCCGGCUAACCGCAGCGAUGUUUAAAAGUCCCCGCGCUCCAAACCAACCGAACUUAAAUACUACCAGUGAGUCAAACAGCGACAGAACAACUUCUUCGCGUCAGCGGUGAAUUCACUUGCGAAUGAAGGCUUUCAGCGUUCAGGUCUGAGCGCAGGCUGUGAAAAAAGCUCAGCUUUGGCACGAUGGUGAAAAAAAGCUAAGGCAGGUUGCUAGGCUGCGUUUUGACGUUUGACGCUCGUGCAAUCCGUGGCAUCUGGGGCGCGCGCCGAGCACGGACGAAGCACCAUGAUGGAGAGAGGCGUGGGGACGAGUUGCAAAGCAAUGAUGUCAUGGUUUCAAGCAUGAGCCACGGGAGAGCAUAUGGUUCGUACCCGCUACCAAAAGGAAGUGUUGCUUUGUGCCGUGCAGGCGGCGCUGUAGCUGUGGCGGAAGGAGAAGGAGAGGAGCAGGAGGUUGCCCAGCCCACCGUCUUCUCUCCUCCACCGCCUGGACGACAGAAGCUGAAGAGAGGAAGAGGAGGAGGAGGAGAGAAAGAGGAGAGAGAGAAAAGGAAGACGAAGGAAAGGAGAAGCAGGAGCAGGAGCAGAAGAAGCCGCUGCCGCUGUUGAUGCUGCUGCCGCUGUUGUUGACGCUGCAAUGGCUGCGAAAUCCGACGGGGUGCUGAAAAUGAAGAAAAGCGACGUGGCGUUCACGCCUCUGCAGAACUCGGACCACUCCGGCUCCGUGCAGGGGCUCGCGCCGGGCUCGCAGCCGGACUCGGGCGCCGGGGAGGCGGAUUUCAAUGUGAACGGAGGCUCGCGCUGCUGCGGCGGCGGCGGCUCCAACUCGACGUGCCUGCGCCUAGGCAGGGAGCGGCAGCGCUACACGGUCUGGGACUGCUUGUGGAUUCUAGCCGCAGUGGCCGUGUAUUUCGCCGACGUGGGCACGGACGUGUGGCUGUCCGUCGACUACUACCUGCGCCGAGACUACUGGUGGUUCGGCCUGACGCUUUUUUUCGUGGUGCUCGGCUCUUUUUCCGUGCAGGUCUUCAGCUUCAGAUGGUUCGUGCACGACUUCGGCGCCGCGGACGGCUCCUCCUCGUCCUCGGGCUGUUCGCACAUGGACGGCAAGCUGCUGAGCUGCUCGGCUUCGCACGGCGACGUCGGAGCAGCCCACCCGUCCACGCCUCAAAGGCAAGCCAGCACGGCCAGCAAAAGCAACACCAACACCACCGCCACGAACAGCAGCAGUAACAGCAGCAGCAGUACCACCAACGCAGCGCGGACUAACCAGAAACGCUCGGCGUCCUGCUCCUUCUGCAUCUGGCUGAUGCAGUCCGUCAUCCACAUCUUGCAGCUCGGACAAAUCUGGAGGUACUUCCACACUAUCUACCUGGGCAUCCGGAGCAGGCGGAGCGGAGAGAAUGACCGCUGGAGGUUUUACUGGAGGAUGGUGUAUGAGUAUGCUGAUGUUAGCAUGCUGCAUCUGCUCGCCACGUUCCUGGAGAGUGCCCCCCAGCUGGUCCUCCAGCUCUGCAUCAUCAUACAGACGCACAAGCUCCAGGCCGUCCAAGGAAUGACAGCGGCUGCCUCUUUGGUCUCCCUGGCUUGGGCGCUAGCCUCCUACCAGAAGGCCCUUCGUGACUCCCGAGAUGACAAGAAGCCUCUCAGCUACCUGGCGGUCAUCAUCCAGUUCUGCUGGCACUUCUUCACCAUCGCAGCACGGGUGGUGACCUUCGCCCUCUUCGCCUCUGUGUUCCAGCUCUACUUCGGCAUCUUCAUUGUGCUGCAUUGGUGCGUCAUGACUUUCUGGAUCGUGCACUGCGAGACUGAGUUCUGCAUAACAAAGUGGGAGGAGAUCGUUUUUGACAUGGUGGUGGGCAUCAUCUACAUCUUCAGCUGGUUCAAUGUCAAGGAGGGCCGCACGCGCUGCCGUCUUUUCGUCUAUUACUUGGUCAUCCUGCUGGAGAACGCAGCACUUAGCACCCUUUGGUACCUGUACCGGAUUCCAGCAAGCACUGACGCCUUUGCUGUUCCUGCGCUUUGCGUCAUCUUCUCCAGCUUCUUGACGGGCGUGGUCUUCAUGCUCAUGUAUUACGCCUUCUUCCACCCCAAUGGGCCGCGAUUUGGACGGUCCUCCAGCCUCACCCAGCUUGACGAAGCCUCAGCCGCUUUUGCCAUGCCCUCGGAAGGCGCCACCAACUCCUUGCGCUCCAACCGUGGCGGCACACUUGCGCGGGAUGCUGAUCGAGAAGCCAAAUAUGGCACAGAACGAGAUGGAUGCGUGCCGGUCUUCCAGGUACGUCCAACUGCCCCGUCCACACCUUCGUCCAGGGCACCACGCCUGGAAGAAACCGUGAUCAGGAUAGAUCUUUGCCGGAACCGUUAUCCGGCCUGGGAGAGGCACGUUCUGGACCGCAGCAUACGUAAGGCCAUCCUAGCCAUUGAUUCCUCACCCACACCCCCUAGGCUGCAGUACAAGGAUGACACUUUGGUCCAGGAGCGUCUGGAGUACGAGACCACUUUGUAGCUCAAGCUGUGGAGGCACACAUGGUAACCCACAUAGAUUAGCAUCCAUUAACAGCAGGACUGUGGCAAUAACAUUACUAGCGGAGCGUACUGUAGAGACUACAUAGCAUUCUGCCCAUGAUGUUGAUUGUCAUGGAUGGCGAAACACAAAAGACAAGAAAAAGAAAAAAAGGAACAACGUAUUUGUUGGUGGAAGGAUGCUUGUGAUCUUUUUUAAACUGUUCAUUUUUUGGUUCCAUCAGUUUGGAUUUCUUUUUUUUCCCCCUAUUUUUAUUACUCAUGUCUCGUCAGGGAAUAAAUUGUUUUUUAAAAGGCCGUUACUCACAGAUCCUGUCCACUAUUGUCCAUUUCCUUCUCAGUGUUGUACAGGUGUCCAGGAAUCACCAUCGUAAACACUACAGGCAAGUUAAACACGAAGAACAUUUUACACACCAAUUCUGUGGCUUCUACAGACUUCUACAGGUUCCAUGUCAUGGUAAUGUACUUAAUGUCCAGUCUUUUACCCAUCAGACUAAACAUCCACCACACUUGUUCAUGUGUUCAAUGGAAUUAAAACGCGACACGAUAUGGCUACCUGCUGUGCUGGAGAAAACGGGGGAUGGCGUCUCCAUGGCGAUAAAGCUCACGGAGACCAAAUGUCCUUGCCCAAGGUGCUGAAACCUAGGAACAUCAGCAAACCUCUCCCAGUGCCAAAAACCUGGUCCCUACUGGACUCCACAGUGGACCGUGAGUCUCUGCCAUUAAACUGUACAUAAAAAAACCAGGGCAGCAUUUCAAUCAUCUACUUGAAUCCUGUACAAAAAAAAGAAAAAAAAAACACAAAAGGAAACAAAAAUGUACAAGGUUGUCACACAC